AUGUACUGGCGCCAUUCCAACAUUAAAACUGCCCACCCAGUAACCUGCGAGUGGUUGCCUCAGCAUGAAUCGUACUCUACUUGGGUUGACGCUGAGAGGCUUGAUGAUCAUCACGGCUUCAUGUGGAUUAGCGGAAAGCCGGGAAGCGGCAAAUCUACCAUGAUGAAGUUCCUGUCUUCUCAAGAAAAGAAAAACGCCGAGAUCAACACAUGUGUCAUCUCUUUCUUUUUCAACGCGCGUGGCGAGGAGCUGGAGAAAUCCACUACUGGCAUGUAUAGAUCCAUCCUCUUCCAACUUCUCGAGAGGUUUCCGGACCUCCAGUCUAUUCUUGACGACUUAAGUCUGGUUCCGCUAGGCCAAAAGGGCUGUCCCGCUCUCGACGUCCUCCAAGAGCUUUUCAGGAAUGCGAUGCCUCUUCUUGGGCAACGCUCAGUGACUUGCUAUAUAGACGCUCUCGAUGAAUGCGACGAAGACCAGGCCCGAGACAUGGUAGAGCAUCUUGAGGGCCUCUGCCAACAAGCCGUCAAAGAUGGACAAAACUUCAGAAUAUGUUUCGCCAGUCGCCAUUAUCCCUCUAUUGAAAUCAGAAACGGCAUUAGAAUAACAUUGGAAGACCAAGCUGGCCACAGGAGUGACUUGGAUGCCUACAUACGCAGUCGUUUACAGACGGGCAGAAAUCCAGAGGCUGACGAUAUUCAUGAUAAGGUUCUUCACAUGGCGGCCGGGGUGUUUAUGUGGGUUGUCCUGGUCGUCGAGAUUCUCAACAAAGAGUUCCAACGAGGUCGCUUGUUCGCGGUGCGGAGGAAGCUGGAAACUAUUCCUGACAAGCUUGGCACCAUAUUCAGAGACAUGUAUCUCCGUACUGGCAUGGACCGUCAGGAGCUCGUCCUGUUCUUACAGUGGAUUCUGUUUGCAAAAAGACCCCUAACGCCAAUCGAAUUAUACUACGGUAUCCUCUUCGGGCUAUCGGAUAUUGAACAUUCCGAGAUUCUGACCUCAUCAAUCGAUAAUCUCUCUGUGGAAAAAUUUGUCCUGAGCUCUUCCAAGGGGCUGGCAGAGGUAACUAAAGGACCCGAACCAAGGGUCCAGUUUAUCCACGAGACAGAUCAAUUUGUUGAAGAGUUUAAACUUGCUGACUGGAUUGCUCUGAGCAAUGUGUACAGAAAAUACGAAGCUCGGUACCCGCAAGAUUUAAGCUUCGGGCGGGCUGUGAACAAGGAGGGCUACAUGAAUUUGAGCAAAAUUAUAAGUGAAUCGACCGUGAAAUUCGCCAGCGUGCUACAUGAUGCAGUUCUGAGAGCUGAUCGCAACAACGCCCGGGCAAUACUAGGCUUAGAGGGCUGCAAGGCUACCGAAGAUGACUCAACAAGCAGCUCACGUUGGCAUCUUUCAUCUCCCCCUGAAUAUGCGGGCACCCUCGGCGACCGUUCUACAAUCAUUCAUGCUGCAGAACACGGCUUCAUCAACGUGGUCAACUCCUUAGUCGACAACAUUCUACCAAUCGGCAAUAGGGUUUUGGCAGCGAGACCCAAAGUCUCACAACAUAGUGCGAAGGGCCAGUUCAACAUACCUAAUAGACUGGCAGCCGUAGCGGUCUUUGAUGAACCGCGUUCUUUUCCAUAUUUGAAGAAGCUUUUAUCUCAAAUAUCGAGACAAGGAUUUACGGACAUUGCGGUGUUGCUGUGGGCAAGAGGCAUGAGAAUAAGAGACGAAGACCUAACCGAGUUAUUAUUUCUGGCUCUUUCAAAUAACCACAUCUCUAUGGCCAAACUGCUUAACAAUGCCAUGUCCCGGGCAGCGCAUGAGCCAAUAGAGCUGCGAGAGAAGAUGACAGGCUAUAUCAGAAAGGUACUUGACGCACCGCCGACAUCAGAAGAUUGCCCCCAGAGUGGCUUGCCGACUUUAUACAAUGCUAGAGAGCUAUGCUUGAUCCAUGAUAUUCCCUCAGGCACGGAGUACGCUGAUGAGUAUCCAUUUCUAAGUGAGGACCGAGGCAGCGACGCAUUCAGCAGUCAUAGCAUCGAUCUUCAGGUCCACCAUACUCUGCCCUUUGCUGCCGCAGAAAUGGGGGAUAACGAUAUAUUGAAACUCCUGAUCAAAGAAGGAACCAUGAUAUUCCAACGUUCAGAUGGCCAGAAUGCUCUGUCGUGCGCUGCAAGGAAUCUGCACGAAAGCACUGUAAGGCUCCUUGUCGAAGCAGGAGCCGAUGUACGCUGGCGAGACGAACAUGGCUGCACGCCUAUUGUGAGGGCUCUCACCGCAUGGCGUGCCCGCGAGCAGGGAUUCUUCACGCCACGAUAUACCAAGAUCGCGGAGGCGGCAUAUCAGGAUAUGGCAGGGACGCCAUAUUGGCACAUUGCGCAGACAGCAUAUUGGCAUGUUGCGGAGAGAGAAUACUGGAAAAGGAAGCUGAAGGCGAUAGUAGUCUUACUACUCAGUCGCAGCUGCAACUCCCAAGCCCUCAUCAAGACUGGCAUACAAGUUAUCUUACUAUGGGCAAUCGACAAGAAUCUUCCAAACCUGGCCUUGGCCUUGGGCACUGUCGUAGGCAGCCAUGAUUCUUCAUUGCCGACGCGUGUGAUCUGGUGGUUGCCGGACCAAUAUUAUGACAAGGGGUCAGCCAACUUUGAAGUACAAGUUCGGACCCAGGCAUAA